GAGCUGCCUGCGCAAGGCCCGCUUCCCUUGUCUUCCCGGCCAGUUGUAAACAACAGCAUCUGACGCGAAACCCGGAACCAUGAAUGCUCCGCCGACAUUCGAAUCAUUUCUUCUCUUCGAGGGAGAAAAGAAAAUUAUCAAAGAAGUGGAUACGAAGGUUCCAAAUGCUGCCAUUUACACUAUCAACAAGGAGGAUCACACCCUAGGCAACAUGAUUCGUAUGCAGCUGCUGAAGGACCCUAAUGUAAUCUUCACUGGGUAUAAGAACCCUCAUCCUCUCGAGCAUAAAGUGUUGCUCAGAAUACAGACUUCAGAUGCCAGUUACACCCCACAUGACGCCUUCAUGAACGCCAUCACAGACUUGAUAUCCGAACUCUCCCUUCUCGAGGAAAGAUUCAGAGAAGCCAUCCGAGAGAAGAAAGAAGGAUUUGACUAAGAUGGGCGAAAUUUUGGCUAACGGCUUCAUCAAUCAUUCUCUAGCCAUCUCAUUAGAUUAUCACAACUUCAUGUUUGUCUUCAAUAAGGGAUCAUGCAUUGGUCACGAGUUCAUGGUAAUCACUAAAUGGUUUACGUUUUGCUUUUGUAAAAGAAUCAGGUUGAGAAUCAUUUUCAAGAUUAUUAUUUUAAAGUUUUGUUGUAGCUUAAAAUUACAUUUUCAUUGCCAAUAAGGAAAUGGGAAUAGGAUUUUUAAAAUGAUACUUUAUUAGCCUUUGUAUGAAACCACACAGGCAUAAUCCCCCCCAUCCCCCCCCCUUGAUUUUUUGAAGGAAUAUACAUGUAGAACACUAAGAUGCUAAGUGUUAAAAUAUAUGUUGACAAAAAGCCAUAUUCAUAAUAAAUUUUGAAAACUUCAAUCUAGAAUAAAUCAUUUCCUUUAUCCGUUGACAUUGGGUACAUGUACUGUCCACUUUAGUUUUGUUUUGUGAAUUUAGCUUAGUUCUUAGUCACCAAAGAGUCAAUUGGUAGGCUUAAGUGAUAUUGCCUGAUUUUCACAGUCCUUGCAUUUUUGGGAUUUCUUUUAUUUUAUGUAACUAAUAAUGUUAUUGUUUUCAUUAUUAUCAAUGACUUUAUUUGAAUGUUAUUUAAUGCUAAUAGCAAUCGGAAAUAAAAUGGAAAUGUUCCAAAAAUUAAGGAAAAGGGCAAACAGAUGAAAUCAUGUAGGAUAUUAAAUUGACUCCAAUAUGUCCUAAGCCUCUGUGGCAUUAUCUAUGUUUACACCAAAGUGAUAAGUCUUUUAAGUACUCUGUUUGGCCCAGCCAGAUGCAAUCAGUUUUUUCUGAUCCUCUCUAUUGCCCUUACUCAGAUAACACUCUUCUUCCUACAAUAUCUCUAAAGACAAGUAGGCAAUGUUUCCAUCCUCAACCACCUUAUUGUUCCCACCUUAUCACAAUUAUAUCCAAAUCCCUCCCUCAAUACUUGAA